CCCCCAGCCUCUUUUGUCUUCGGCUGCGAUUCAUUUACUCAGUCCCUCGCUCUUCGCAGCUCGUUGCGCGGGCGCGACUCGAGAUAAUGCCCGGGGCGACAAUUCUCUCACCGUGCGAUGAACAUCCCUCAUCGUGUGCGCCCUCGUUCGCGCGUCUCUCAUCCAUGUCACGGAGAAACCCGGAUCCUCGCUUACGAUCGCACCCGUUGAACGUUAAUCGUUAAUUCUAUCGUUCUUUUCUUUAUUAUCUCUCUCUCUCUCUCUCUUUCUCUUCUACCCCGCGGCUACCUACGGGAAACGAAGCGCGAUGACGCGCGUUAAGAAUGUUAAUCGUUAAUCCCUUUUCUCUCCUCGUGUCGGUCCUUCCGCGCGCUCUUGGUCCCACGUCCCUACAUCUGAGAGAUCGCACGUGGCACGUAUCUCUCGCGUGUACGCUCGAGCAGUGAUACGGGCGUCGUGAUCGCACCCACAGGUGUGUCUUACAAUUCGCUCCCGCCGAUCGGAUACGUGGGCGCGGAAUCGGCGACCGGUGUUUACCGUGUGUAACCGACCAGCAACGCGGUCGCCACCGAGGAGAGUGUGAAGGAGGAUCUCUCGGAUCUCCCUCGUCAUCCGCGCCGUCUACGAGUCGACUGCCGCCGCCGCUGUCGCCAUCACCGUCGACGCCACCGUCGCCGCCGCCGAAGCCGUCAUCGCCACCGUCACCACCACCGCCGCCACCGCCGUCGUCACUGCUACCGCCUCCUCCACCGCGAAAAUCAUAGUACCAUCGCGUACCUCGAGUAGUCGCCGAGUACCUCGGAGUGUCCAGUGUCCGCGAAUCCGCGAAUGCGAAGUACGGUCCGGACGCGCUACGUUGCCGGCCGCUCCUCGUCACGAUGUUGCUCGCGGUGAUCGCACUCCUCUCCCUCGCCGCCGGUACGACCACCGCCGAGAUCUUCACCAACACGUUCCUGGUGAGGAUGCGGCAGCCAGCGGAGAGGCACGUAGCCGACCGCGUAGCGCUCAGAAACGGAUUCGUCAAUCUCGGACCGGUUCUGGACAGCCAGACGGAAUAUCACUUCGUACACAAAGCUUUGCCACACGUGCGAAGCAAACGAUCCGUGCCACAUACGCGAAGAUUAAAGGUUGAUCCAUUGGUGGACACGGCCAUACAGCAGGCUGGCUUCAAGAGGGUCAAGAGGGGCUACAAACCCCUCAGCGUAGACAACCUUGUGCCCUUGUAUGAAAUGAAAAAUCCGGAGAAUCCCGGCAACAAAGAUCCGACGGAUCCCUUCUUUAAGUACCAGUGGUACUUGAAGAACAUCGGGCAAAAUGGUGGCAAACCGAAGCUGGAUCUCAACGUUGAGGCAGCCUGGGCCCAGGGUGUCACGGGGAAAAACGUUACGACAGCCAUCAUGGAUGACGGUGUCGACUACAUGCAUCCUGAUCUCAAGUACAACUAUAAUGCUAAAGCUUCCUACGACUUCAGCAGUAACGAUCCCUAUCCCUAUCCCAGAUACACCGACGAUUGGUUCAACAGCCACGGCACAAGAUGCGCCGGCGAGGUCGCAGCCGCACGCGACAACGGGGUGUGCGGUGUCGGGGUGGCGUACGACUCGAAGAUCGCCGGGAUCCGGAUGCUGGAUCAACCUUACAUGACCGACCUGAUCGAGGCCAACAGCAUGGGUCACGAGCCUGACCUCAUAGAUAUUUACAGCGCCUCCUGGGGGCCAACGGACGACGGGAAGACGGUAGAUGGACCGCGAAAUGCAACCAUGAGGGCCAUUGUUCGCGGCGUUAAUGAGGGUAGAAAGGGCUUAGGUAACAUUUACGUCUGGGCUUCCGGAGAUGGCGGCGAGGAGGACGAUUGCAACUGCGACGGGUACGCUGCGAGCAUGUGGACCAUUAGUAUUAAUAGCGCUAUUAACGACGGACAGAACGCUCACUACGACGAGAGUUGCUCCAGCACCUUAGCUUCCACCUUCAGCAACGGUGCCAAGGAUCCUAAUACGGGGGUGGCUACCACGGAUCUGUACGGGAAAUGUACGACAACUCACAGCGGGACGUCCGCUGCGGCGCCGGAAGCCGCCGGAGUAUUUGCGCUUGCUCUCGAAGCUAACCCACAGCUGACGUGGAGAGACAUUCAACACUUGACCGUCCUAACUUCGAAGAGAAAUUCCCUGUUCGACGCCAAGGAUAGAUUUCAUUGGACUAUGAAUGGCGUUGGACUCGAGUUCAACCAUCUCUUCGGAUAUGGCGUCUUGGACGCGGGCGCUAUGGUAGCGUUGGCGAAAAAGUGGAAGACGGUACCACCGAGAUACCACUGCGAGGCCGGCUCUAUGCUCGACACACAGUCGGUUUUGCAUUCCAGGGAAGUCACGAGCGAUCGAUCCAUCCUCGUGAAAAUCAAGACUGACGCGUGUGCCGGCACAGAAUACGCUGUCAACUAUUUGGAGCACGUGCAAGCCGUCAUAUCCGUAAACGCGACUCGACGCGGCGAUCUCGAGUUAUUCCUUACAUCUCCGAUGGGCACGAGAUCUAUGAUUCUGAGUCGCAGAGUAAACGAUGACGAUCACAGAGAUGGGUUUACGAAAUGGCCGUUUAUGACGACGCACACAUGGGGCGAAUAUCCUCAGGGAACCUGGCUGCUAGAGGUAAGUUUCAACACUCAGACGCCUCAACACGGAUGGCUGAAGGAAUGGACAUUAAUGCUGCACGGUACCAAAGAACCACCGUACACGGGACUGUCAGCGGCGGAUCCUCAUUCGAAAUUAGCGAUCGUGAAGAAGGCCCACGAGGAGCGAUUGAGCGCGAUCUAAAUGAUAUUGACGAUUUCACGCCGAUCAUCGCCGAUACAAGGCGAGAACAACGGAAAAUGGAUCUUGAUCGAAAGAUGUUUACGCGACCGCUCCUUUCUCGAUCUGCCGAUUUCGUUGAUCAACCGUAGGGGACGCCUCAAUUUUUGAGAUCCGAUUGUAUUGCUGACCGCCAUCAUUCGUGCCGAUGAUUGCUGGCACUCAUCUAUUAUUUCAGCGUUUUUAGUCAAGACUCACUGGUAUUGAAUCGUCCGAGGGGAAAUAGACUUUAGAUACUUUUUAUUGUAGUCACGUUUGCCGAAUCAUUGUCUAGUCGUAAUUAACGGCUAUCGUAAUUAACGACGUCAUGUAGCUAUAUGUAAUUAUAUAUCACGUCGAGCGGCAUCAUUUUACGAAAGAGUCAUGCCCGCGUUGACACCUUUCCGGUGAGUUCUCAAGUCGACGAACGGAAUUUUAUGAUCGGGGAAGCAAAGAGACAUGGGAGAAAGUUUAUUAUGUAUUACUCAAUAGCAUUAUUGAAAAUUACUCUUUUGACGGAGCGGUAAAUUUGAAGUCACACAGUCGGACACGCGUCAGCGUUAAUGACACACGUGAUAAUAUCGUAAAUACCGUGAAAUCGAUAUAUAAGGUGCAGGACGCCUGCGAAAGAGUAUCACGGGAACAAGAGUUUUGUGUCAUCAUCGUUGUCCUCGUAACUUCCAGCCGUCUUUUUAACAUUUAUUUAACUUCCUCCGUUCACAUUCUGUUUGAUACCGCGCGCAUUGCAAUUGAAUGUUCCCAAAUCUGUAACCUCAUUCAAUCCAUCGAACGAUGUAACGUAAUGACUUGUUACCUUUUUUACCGAACUUUUUUAUCACGGAAUGCUGACGAAAACGGGAGUGAGAAGUUUCUUCCUGUCUUGCGUUUUGACUUGAUUGCUGAUUAAAAAUCGCCAAUUUUUUUGUACCGUUAUCUUAUCUUCUUCGAAGAGAUUUUUGUUCUCUCUCUCUCUCUCUCUCUCUUUCUCUCUCUCUUCAUAGGCCUCAGAGAUACCGUACACCUCAACGCUCUCAAUCGACAUGUUAAACUGAGAAUAAAUCUUACUGUUGACAUUCCGGAUCACAUCGUGGAUGUUACGACGAUAUAAAUGCAUUAUAAAAAAAAAAACUGUAUCUUUCAUCUUCGUUUUGAGCGACAGAAGCACGAGGACGUCUAUGAAAAACACGAAAGAACGCGAGAAAAAAAAAAUACGGAUGCUACAAAAUCCGCAUGUGUAGAUGAUGUACUUUAGAAUCGUAGCGAGCAGAGAAUUUGAUCAUUACAUUAAAUUAUACAAAUAUAAAUACAUAUAUAAAUAAAGAUAUAUGCAUAUGUAUAUAUAUAUGUAUGUAUGUAUAUAUACAUAUGUAUAUGCGCAUAUAUCUUACAGUUAAAAUGGAUUUAACCAAACCUUAUUCUGUACACGUUAUAAGUG